UUUAUUUUACAAUUUACAUAUUUAAAAUUCGUGGAAGAAAAGGGGGUGGGGACUGCGAAGCCAAAGCAAGAGCUUUGCCUCUCCGUACUUUACCUUUUGGAUUGGGCUUUUCAAAAAAAGGGCGAAAUGGAAGCUGUGGCCAUCUUCGGAAGUGGAGCUCCGCCGCGUCUCCGGCCGCCGACGAGAACCUUUUGCAGCUUAGCUCGCUCCCGGACGGCUGUCCUACGCCGUCGCGACCAUCUUUCAGCAUUUCCUUCGAAUUCUAAUCUCUUCUUCAAAUUGUCUACUCGUUAUCGUGCUGCUUCCAGUGACAAUGAGUCCUUUAUAUUUUUGCCACAUUUGGUUGCCUCCCUGGAGCGAGUCGACCAGACUUACAUUAUGGUGAAACCUGAUGGCGUUCAACGUGGCCUUGUUGGAGAGAUAAUUUCGCGAUUUGAGAAGAAAGGGUUUAAGCUUACUGGUUUAAAGCUCUUCCAAUGCUCCAAGGAGUUGGCUGAGGAACACUAUAAAGAUCUUAAGGGAAAGUCAUUUUUUCCUGGUUUAAUUGAGUACAUAACAUCAGGUCCUGUUGUGUGUAUGGCAUGGGAGGGUGUUGGUGUUGUGGCAUCAGCACGUAAGUUAAUCGGAGUAACAAAUCCUCUCGAAGCUGAGCCAGGAACAAUAAGAGGGGAUCUUGCUAUUCAAAAAGGAAGGAAUGUGAUUCAUGGGAGUGAUAGUCCUGAAAGUGGCAAGCGUGAAGUAGCACUGUGGUUCAAAGAAGGUGAAUUGGUAGAGUGGGAGCCAGCUCUUGUACCAUGGCUCAUAGAGUGAUGUUGUCUAUGAAGCACACAUGUCCUCAAGAGAGAAUUGCGACUUUUCUUGUUUUGUAAUUUUGAAUUAUAGAAUAAAAUGUUAGCAGAGCCUUGUAAUCUCUCAUCCUCACAGAACUGUUUAUGCAAAAAAAAAGGGGGGAUAUUCAUUUUGAAAGUCAAGAGAAUCCACAGAAAUUUUUAUCAUGAA